GUUAUGUGAGCAGGGUCCGCGUGAAAUGUCGUCAGGGUGUUGUGCAUGUCGUCGCUUGAUGUGCCCCUUGUGUUAAUGUGACGACUAUUGAUUGUAGGUAAGUGGUUUUCAUCACGGCUGUCAAGUUUAUAUCAUAUCAUCAUUAUAAAGCAGGCAAGAGCACCCCGCCGCUCGCGCCGUCCCUUUCUACAACUGCAAUUCAUCCUUAUGGAAUAGACAAGUGCAACCCUCCCAUCGUGCCUUCCCUUUCGACUCCUGCGAUGAAAUUGGCAAGAGCAACUACCCUCCAGUCGCCCUUUCCCUUUCUACUCCUGCAAUGAAAGUGGCAGGAGCAACGCACCAGUCGCUCUUUCCCCUUCUACCGGCGAGAAGGCCCGGACACUCGCUUUGGCAGUGGCUCUCCCCGUUUCCAGAUAUCACUCUUCCCCAUAUCAACCAUGGCUAUAUCGUUAUGUGCGUUCGUUCAUUGUAUGCCUUCAUUCUUUUAACCAAGUUCUCUUCUCUGCAUACUUUAUCCCAGGAUCAUUUUAUACCCGGGGGGUCUGGAUAUCUCUAUUAUCCUGCAGCUUCCCAGGACCGAAUAUUCAUUGCUCGAUUCCAAUCCAACCACACUGGGACUGAGAGUUCAACAAUCCCCAGCAACUCCAAACACCUUCAAUUUACCUUCCUACAAACAAUGAGCCCCUCCCACAAAAAACACAAACACAACCGCUCCGCCUCCUCCGACACACCCACGAACCAAUCAUCCACCCACCACGCCGGCAACUCCAUCUCCAGCGCCGCAGCAGAACUAUCACGGAUCCACUCCCUCGCCCAACCCCCCGACAUCCCCACCCCCGCAGACCAGGACCUCAAACCUUCCAAACGACAACGAGAUCGCUCGAUUGAUAGCCACACCCACGGCCACAGCCACCACCGCCAUCGCCACGCCGCGCGCCUAGCCCUCUCCUCACUCCUCCACGAGAGCGGGACAUCUGGACACUUCGGGCUCGGUCUUGGGAUCCAGAGACGGGGUUUUGGACUCGAUCUCGAUGUUGAUGCAAAAAAAAAUGAAGGCGGCGAGUCUAGCGGAGUUCUGGCGGGGACGGAGAGGUUGAAGCAGCUUGUGAAGGAGGUGCCGAGGCAGCUUGCUAGUGAGGUGCCGAAACAGGUCGGGAGGUAUUUGGAGGGGAGAGGGGAGGUGAGGGAUGAGGUUGCGGUUGGGGUGGGGGUUAGGACAAGGGGGACGGAGGUGGGUGUUAGAGUGGAGGCGGCAAGGGGAGGUUUUUGGGGUGGUGAGGGGGGUGAGGUGGCAGCUCCUCAGGCUGAAGCUGCUCCUCCACCGGCACCUUCUCCUCAGCCUGCUCCUGCUCCUGAGGCGGCACCGGCUCCUCAGCAGCCAUUGACACUCAUUAAAUCGACCACACUGCAACUAGCCAAGCGGUACAGCUGCCACAUCUGCCGGUUUAUCAACGAAGAAAUUGAACGAUGCGCUUCCUGCGGGCAUCGCCUGUGCAUCGACUGCGAGUGGCUCAUGCCCAUUGCCAAAAUCGAUGGAGCAGCCCAAGAAUUUGCAAUAUAUGAAGACAGCGACGCCAUGGAGGCUCGGAAUACGCAGAGGGAGGAUCAGAUGCGGGCUGAAAAUGUAUACACCCCGAGCGAGUUCGAGCAGGAGAAUUACGUGGAUAGUCCAGAUACCCCCGAUUUGCCUCCUAAAGUAUGGGCUCGACAGGCUGCUUUCGCGAAGGCUCAUUAUACCACACCGCAGUCACCGACUGCUGGUUCGCCAUGCUAUACAACGACCCAAUCACCAACUAUCCGUUCAACUCCGCCAUCUCCCGUGGAUCUGUCACAUCUCAGCGCUAACGACUAUCCCGAACCUUUACGAUUGGCACCUUCUCCUGUCAGACCUCCAGGACCGAGAAGUCGCAGGGUUGUCAAGGAUAAUCCUUUUGUUGUGGCGGAUCAGGUGUCAGCUCGUCAUGAGCGUGUUAUGAGAGUCGAUGGCGAUGCGGGGGUUAGGAGCCGUGAUGGGCAGGCUAGUCCGCAGCCAGAUCAGUAUUCUGCUAGGGCUAUAGCUUUGACACGCAUGGAGGAAGAGAUGGAUGCUCAGAGGCGUAUGUGGCAGGAUAGUCCGCAGCCGGGUCGAUAUUCUGCUAGGAUUGCGGCUUCUAGAGACAGGGAGGAAGAGAAGUCUGUUCAGAGGCGUAUGUGGCAGACUAAUAGGGUUUCCCUCCCGGGAUUUGGCGGCGAGCGUGAGAGUGCUCUUCGGGCGUCGCGGGGUGAGAAGAUGCCUAUUAUUGAAAGGGCGGCUAGGCCUAAGAAGUUGGAUCCGGUUAUGUCGGAGACCUUGACGCCUUCUGGGUCUAAAACUGGCGGUGGAAAUGUUGUGGAGGAGGGGGGGUAUCAUGCCCAGCCUGUUCCUGAUGGGGGUGAAAAUGGGGAUGAGAAACGGGAUGGGCCUGAAAGUUCAACCUCUGGAUUGCAUGGAGAUUUUAAAGCUUGUCCUUACUCGAAGGCGGUGCAGAACUCGAAAGCUGGUAAGAGGGGGCUCGGCGAUGGUGGGUAG